UUUCCUCUCCUGCUUCUUUGCACCUUUGCGCUGCUCACGGCAUACAGGCGACAAUCGGAGGAGAAGGCGACUGAGCGAUGUCCGUGACAAUGGCCGCUAUCGUGUGGCUGACCCUGCUCGCACUUUCUUUGACGACAGGCACCGGGCGCGCGACGAUUGUACAACAGACUCCAAAAGUAAAAGAGGUGACGCCAGACCAGGAUAUCACCAUCACUUGUGACAUCAGUUUGACGGGUCUUGACAUGGUGUGUCUACGAAGACUGUACACCAACCCAAGUGAAAUAGUUUGUGCUCAUAAAAUGUCUGAUCCAGUCAUCGGGCCAACAUAUUCAAACCGAACAAACGUCAUAAAAGAGUUUCCAAAAGUAAUCAUUACAAUCAGCAAAUUACAAGAAAAUGACACCGAUGUGUACAUGUGCGGGUAUUCAUUGCUUAAUAUGAAUACAUACAACAAGGAAACCUUCAAUGGCACUGGCACGUUCAUUAUAGUUAAAGAUGCCAAGACACCAGAAGAUCAGUGCAACAAUGACCCCAAGUUAACCAUGCUGAUCAUCACCUUGACUUCUGCAGUCAUCAUUUUGGUGGUUGUGUUUUUUGCUCUAUUCGUUUCUAAAACAGAUUUGAUCAAGAAGCUGUGCUCCAAGAAGCCGUCAAAAGAAGCCGUUUAUGAAGAAAUGGUCAAGAAAUAGCGGCACACAAGACCAGAGGAAGGGCAUCUUGACCGCGUGUAGCAGUUUCUAUUUUCUAGACAUUCUGGGUCACUUAAACUGUACACCACAUGAACAUGUGGCUUUGGCCCAAUGCCCUUGUUGUGUACAUAAAGACUGCAUGCAAGUGUAAUUUUUUUUAAUGCCGAUCUUUGAAGCUCUGCCUUUCAGUUAUUAGAAUUAGAUAGAUAGAUAGAUAGAUAGAUAGAUAGAUAGAUAGAUAGAUAGAUAGAUAGAUAGAUAGAUAGAUAGAUAGAUAGAUAGAUACUUUAUUAAUCCCAAGGGGAAAUUCACAGUGACAAUUAGAGACAUUUCAGAUGAAAUUUACACCUUACUUACUAAAAUGGAGACAUUUUCAGAUUGCAGUUGACUUUUCUCUCUAAAGUGUUCAGUUGGCAUCUGACAUCGAGGCUUGAACUUCUGCAUUGUUCUUCAAGUCGAGAGAGACUCUCAAAUCAAUGGUUAGGGCAACUGCACCAUAAAACUGCAUGCAAAACAACAAAGCUUUGUGCAGCUUUAAUAUUAAUUUGCCUGCCCUGUCCUGCUGCAGACUGAAGAGAGGAUGGCUUUAAAUCCUUGGUUUAGUAUAAAAUGACUGAUUUACAAGUUGCCACGUGCCUCUUAGAUAUGGAGCUUUGAUUAACAUGCCGAGUAUAAAUAACAACUUUAUCAAACCCACUUCAUCCAAUUUAGGGCUUUGCGGAAAGUCGCCCAGCAGCACAGGGCAGGCAUGGCAGUAUCAUGCUGAGCGAAAAAUUAAAAUAUCGAGUCUGACUCGAUCUUGAACUUUACACACCUCUCUAGGGGUGCCUGCUGUUUUAAAAGGAGUACAGGAGUCAAUAAACGAGAAUAUAAGGUUUGUGUGUACAUUAUAUGGGAAUUGAUGCAGAACAGUGUUAGCUGGGAGGACAUUCUGCAAGGGUGAGGUGGCUGACCUCAGUUACAACUCAAUGCUUCUCUUAUCUUACAUGAAUAGAUAUUUUGUAGUAUAAUGGUCUAGCACAUGUAUUAAUAAGCAUUGCUUUGUAUUUUUAAAAUUUUUUUAAAAUUUUCUGCUAAA